GCACGCUGUUGCGUGAGGUGCUUCUCGUCCCCUUCGGCCUGCCUGCCCGCCUUGUACGGAGUGAAACCGCCUCCUCCUCCUCCGCGUCCAGCUCCGCCUCGCCCGCAGUUUUCAGUUGACCAAAGAAAUGGUGAUGGAGAAGCCAAGUCCCCUGCUGGUUGGGCGGGAGUUCGUAAGACAGUAUUAUAUUCUGCUGAACCAAGCACCAGACUUCUUGCACAGGUUCUAUGGAAAGAAUUCUUCUUAUGUCCACGGUGGCUUGGAUUCGAAUGGAAAACCAGCUGAUGCAGUCCACGGGCAGUCUGAUAUCCACAAGAAGGUCUUGUCACUGAAUUUUAAGGAUUGCCGCACGAAGAUCCACCACGUGGACGCUCAUGCUACUCUGAAUGAUGGUGUUGUUGUACAGGUCAUGGGUGAGCUCUCCAAUAACACACAGCCAAUGCGGAGAUUCAUGCAGACUUUUGUCCUUGCUCCUGAGGGUUCUGUUGCGAACAAGUUUUAUGUCCAUAAUGACAUAUUCCGUUACCAGGAUGAAGUUUUUGGUGAUUUAGAUGCUGAACCUCCAGAGGAAUCUGAGGAGGAAGCAGAGGAACCUGAGGAUAGGCAACAGACUCCUGAGGCAGUUGCUGAUGAUUCAGCAGCCUACUAUGAGCAGUCUGUCAGCAAUGACUUGGAGGAACAUUUGGAGGAACCAGUUGCAGAGCCGGAGCAAGAAGUUGAACCUGAACCUGAACAGGAGCCUGAACCAGAGGCUCAGGAAGAGAAAGCUGAGCCAGCGCUGGAGGAAGCAGCACCUGAAGAGACUGUAGAGAAGAGUCCUUCUCCAGUCCCUGUGGACCCUGCUCCUGUAGUGCAAGAAGACUCAAGGACAUCUUCAUGGGCAUCUGUAACCAGUAAGAAUCUCCCACCUAGUGGAGCUGUUCCAGUAUCGGGCAUACCACCUCACGUUGUCAAAUUGCCUGCAUCACAGCCCCGUCCUGAAUCAAAGCCUGAAUCCCAGACUCCACCGCAGAGACCUCAGCGAGACCAGAGGGUGAGAGAACAACGGACAAAUAUCCCACCACAAAGAGGCCCUAGACCAAUGCGGGAAGGAGAGCCAGGUGACAUGGAAACUAGGCGUAUUGUGAGGUACCCAGACAGUCACCAGCUGUUUGUUGGGAAUCUCCCUCAUGAUGUGGAUAAGGCAGAACUAAAGGAUUUCUUCCAACAAAUUGGAAAUUCUUUUGCAGGUUAUGGGAAUGUUGUGGAACUCCGUAUCAACAGUGGAGGAAAGCUCCCUAAUUUUGGAUUUGUGGUGUUUGACGAUCCAGAGCCCGUUCAGAAGAUCCUUGCCAAUAGGCCGAUCAUGUUCAGAGGAGAAGUGCGUUUAAAUGUGGAAGAGAAAAAAACGCGAGCAGCCAGGGAGGGUGAUCGCCGAGACAACAGACCCCGUGGGCCUGGUGGCCCCCGUGGGGGGCUGGGAGGUGGGAUCCGAGGGCCUCCACGUGGAGGAAUGUCUCAGAAACCAGGAUUUGGCACUGGAAGGGGCAUCGGGCAACGCCAGUGAUUAAUGGAUGACAUGAUGAGACAAACCCUUCUUCCUGCAGAUUUGUGAAUUUCAGCCUUGGGUAUCUUGGAAUGUGGCCCUACCCUGUUAUAGACUGCUACGUUUGAUACUAUUUUGGCCCAUUUUGUUUGUGUUUGGUUUCGUGAUAUUUUUUUUCUAGUCUUUGUCCCAGAUUCCAGCUUUGUGGAACAAUAUUUCGGGGAAAAGUGGAUUUUUUUUAAAAAAGAAAAGAACUGAAUCCUUGCUUGCUGCAGACAUGUGGACUGGAUUUUUUUUUUUUGGGUACCCGUUGUUUUUCCUAAUGGAAUGUGUGGCGCUUUUUUCCCCUCCUUACUGAAAUGGGGUGCGCUUCAGUCAGUGGAAUUAACCUUUUCAGCUGCAUGUGUUCAGGAGCCUAUAGGAAAAACUAGUACGUGACAAACGUUUCAAGGGCAGGGAAAUCCGUCACCCCUUUGGGGGGGGGGUCACAUGACCUGUUGGACCUUGGUCUGGAGAUGUUGCCGCUUGAAAAUUGACAUUACCCUUUCUCUGUGGCGCUGUAAAAGUGGAAUAAAGGGUAUCAAUAGAAUGCUCUCUUUUGGUACAUGAUCACGAAAAGGAAUUCUCACUACUGUUUUACCACUUACAAGGAUUGCGGGAUAGGUUUUAAAUGUCUAGAACUUGACUCUUUAAAACACCGUUCCUGAACUUGUGAUUUUUUUUUUUAUUGAAAUAGGGAAGUUUUUUUCAUGUUUAGUUUGUAUUUGUAUUAAAACGAAAACAAAAUUGUUGUGCCUUCUAUUUAUCUCUCAUUCCAGUCUUGGCAAAUUGUUAAAAAAAAUAAAAAAGUCUAGAUUUGCUUUAUCCAGUUUUUGGAGUAUGUUGAAGUCUUUCAAGAGAUCUGUUUGUCCUUCAUGUCUCCUCAUGGGUAUAUAUGUUUUCUAGAGUUGCACGUUUUGUUUUUUAAUAGCCUCAUGGAAUUCUGUAACAUUUUAUAAUACUUUCUGAGGACUUCCCAACUAUGUAUUGAUACUGUCAUUAGCUCUGAAGCGAGUGCCUUCCAUAUGUGACUAUGGGAAACGACACCCUAAAUCUUUACAGUGCGUUAUUUUUACAGUAUGCACAUAUGCAGUAUAUGUAGUAUGUUGCGAUGAUGUUACUCAUCAUUGGCUUUAAAAUGCCAUUCAAAUAAGGGUGAAAUGAUUAAACCCUGGUUCUGAUGAUAACCUUUAUCACUGUGAUAUAUUCAUGGUAUUGCAUAAGCUAAGACAUCUGUUUUUGUUGAAUGUACAGAAUAAAAUAAAAUGCAGAAACAUCAUUGCAGCUGUUGGAGUUGCUGAUGGUCUUGCGCACAAUUUAAUGAGAACAAGGCAACGUGCAAGGCAUCUAGGUGAAUAACUGGGAUUCCCAGUUUAGAAGCACUCUGGCUGUGAUGUCGGUAGGAAUUGGGUCAGUGUUGUGGGCCACAAUUUUAAAUUGCAUUUAAUCCAAACUUGCCUAUUUCACACAAAUAUGAUGGCACAGUUGUGGUGUGCUGCAGUUGAAUUAUGCAGUGUUUGCAUUCUGCAAUUGAUAAUGUGAAGAAAUGCCAAACCUCGGAAGACUUUUAAGCCAUUUCUGUUAAAAGUCAACCUUUUAGCUUUUUGUUAAACUGUUUCAAGCAUCUCUGUAACUUAAGGACUAGAAUUUUUUUAAUGGGAAAUUAGGGUCUGUGUGAUUUGAAUAAACCCAAAAGUUUGUUUAGAGUA